AUGUGGCUGACUGAUUCUCCCACGGCUGCAUACCUCGUGUAUGCGUGUGAGCGGGGUCUUACUGAAAGUGCUCAAUGCGGCUGGCUGAUUGUACCACGGCCUCACGCUAUAUUCUGCCCCUCCACCCCGAACAACACUCAGUCCUCCACCACUUGUCCACCAUUUCUUGCCAACAUUUUGACUGAGCAGCAUCUAGAGGACUCAUCCCAGUAUCAUCUAUUCACUAUGCAGAGAGGAGGCGGUCAAAUUCCAAUUGGAAGGGGUCAGAAGCUGCCAGAUCGACCCCAACUACCUAUGAUCGGCAAUAGGGGUGGGCAACCGCAGAUUCCUGCUGUCCCACCAGGCCCACGAGUCCCAUCGGCGAGUCCAAACACCAAGAACAACAACAAUAGGGGUGGACAACAGUGGAUUCCUGCUAUCCCACGUGUGCCACAAGCCCCACCGACGAAUUCAAACACCCAGAACAAUAACAAUAGGGGUGGACAACCGCAGAAUCCUGCUGUGCCAGAACGCCCACCCGCCUACCUUGAUCACGCUUCCCUUGCCAUUAAUCCAUAUCCUCCUCAUCCCAUUCACACACUCCCCCCAAAUUUGGUUGGUGUACAGGGUAAACAAUGGUGUUAUGUUACUUGCGGCAAAGUGACGUUGAAUACUUCAGAGGAAAACUUCCAGAGAAAAAAGAUCGACCCGCCUGGUUGUUUCAUUGGUGAUUUCAAGGUUACGAGGAGAAAUCUCAGGGAAAUCCCUUCAUACCUCGCGUCGCAUCAAUCAUCCAUGGCUAAUGCGACCAGUAUUCAACUGGGUUAUUCUGGAAGACCGGAUCCUUCUGGAAAAGCCAUAUUCAUGUUCACAUUCUCCAAGACAAUCCGCUCGGGCAAUCAAACCCGCUACGACUAUGCAGCGCCGCGAUAUGGUGUGAUUGUGAGCGACAUGGAUAGAAAUGGAGGACAACAAUCCUUUGAUCGAGACAGUUACCCUCUUUACCAGUUCAAGCCCGUGCCACGCGAGAAUAGUUUUAGCGAAGUUAUGAUAUUAGCUGAUACUCGACGCCUCGACACUACCAGAGGCGAGCUGGGCCUGCUGGCAUGCAGUUUUCAGCUCGAUAGAGGAAGCGACGAGAAAACGCCACCCGACGUACAAUGGCAUCUCUGGCAUCUUGAGAAGCCAGGAGAUGCCGAGCCGUAUGGUAAACAAGUAACCGAAGAACCUGCCCCGCCUGAACUUCAAGGAACCAAAGAAGUUACGGAUGAUGAAUACAACACCUCCAGAAUCAACAACAACAACAACAACAACAACAACAACAACAACAACAACAACAACAACAACAACAACAACAACAACAACAACGCUCAUAAUCCGAACAGUAGAAAUGUUCUGAACAAUAAUGAGGUCAACAACAACAAUGCGGGUAACAACGACUCUGAAGGUUUUGAUAUCCUCAACCAAUCGGGCGACGUACAAUAA